GCAGUCAGGUGGAUUCAGGCAAGCCUCAGGAAUCAAGUAAUUUCUGCUAGAACUCAGGAGCAAUGUCGCAACAACUCCUCUACCGUGCUCUGGUAUCUGCAAAAUGGCUUUCAGAAGCCAUUAGGUCCCAGCAAGCUGGUCUGGCCUUGAGAAUCGUGGAUGCAUCCUGGUAUUUACCGAAGAUGAAGCGUGACCCAAAGCGGGAAUUUGAGGAGCGCCAUAUCCCUGGUGCAGUUUUCUUCGAUAUUGACCAAUGCAGUGACCGUACUUCACCUUAUGAUCACAUGUUGCCCAAGGCUGAUGACUUUGCUGAGUAUGUGGGGAAGCUGGGUGUGGGGAAUGAUUCCCAUGUUGUGGUGUAUGAUGGCAGCGACCAAGGCCUCUUCUCAGCACCUCGGGUGUGGUGGAUGUUCCGGGUCUUUGGACAUGAAGCCGUCUCCCUUCUGGAUGGCGGCCUGAAGAACUGGCAGCGAGAGGGGAAUGCGCUGAGCUCUGGAAAAAGCCAGGUAGCUCCCUCUGAGUUCCACGCCUCCUUGGACAAGUCCCUGGUGAAAACGUAUGAGGAUGUCUUAGAUAACUUGGAUUCCCACCGCUUUCAACUAGUGGAUGCGCGCGCCGCAGGACGGUUCCGGGGAGUAGAGCCAGAGCCCCGAGAUGGAAUCGAGCCUGGUCAUGUCCCUGGGUCGAUGAACAUCCCCUUCACGGAUUUCCUCACAGAGUCUGGCUUAGAGAAGACCCCUGAGCAGAUCCGCAGUCUGUUCCAGGAGAAGAAGGUGGACCUCUUAAAGCCGGUGGUAGCCACAUGUGGCUCUGGGGUCACUGCCUGCCACGUGGCUCUGGGGGCAUACCUCUGUGGCAAACCAGAUGUUGCUGUGUAUGAUGGGGCCUGGGUGGAAUGGUACAUGCGGGCACAGCCUGAAAAUAUUAUUUCUGAGGGAAAGGGGAAGACAGUGUAAUAAGCUGCUUCAUCUCCCACCUGUGCAGAUAAUUUGCCUUGAAACAGAAUUUGGAGAAGAUGGGUUUAGCAU